CAUGAUGAAUGUAUUAUCAUCUGUCAAUAGAAUGAUGACAUCACCAUUGGUGUGUAGUCAAUUUUCAACUGUAACUAAAAAACAAAUAAAAAAUCUUCCUAUUUAUGAUGUAAGAUUUAUCACUGAAGAAAAUAUUGACAAUUUCAAUUUUUCAGAACAAGACAAACACUACUGUGUUUACAAAUUUGAAAAUUAUAAGAAAUUGGAAAUACCAAAUUAUGUUAAUGAAAUGAGUUUUAUUAAAUGUAAUUUUACAAAGGAUAAAGGUAAAGAACUGUGUAAUAGUCUGGAAAAUGGUAAAGGCCUAUUAUUGUGGAGCAUAACCGCUCCAGUAAAUAAGGGUGAUGAUUUGAAUUACUUUUGGAAAUAUCUUUUGAAAAAGAAACAGAAUAUUUGUGGAUUUGAACUGAAUAAAUAUAAAAUGGAUGAAUCAGAAAUGAAAACAUUUUCGAAAUUUAUUGGAAACAACUCAACUAAACAAAUGAUAGUUUUGGGAAAUGUAGAUUUAUCUAAAAAUGGUUUUGAAAACUUUAUGUUUAAUGUAGAGAAAUCAAAAAAAUGUUUAUCAAUACUUGGUUUCUCUUUUACCAAUUUGAAUUGUGAAGAAGGAUAUUUGAUUGGUGAAUCAUUGAAAAAAAUGUCAAAUUUUUACCUUUUGGAUCUUACAGGAAAUGACAAUUUGGGAAAAAGUAUGGAAAAUAUUUUUUUGGGAUUGAGAAAAGUAAAAGAUAGUAUUGUUGGAUAA